CCCCGCCAAAACGCGGCAUUCUGCAGCCUGAUGCUUCAAGGCUGAACAACUUACAAUACUUCCUUUUGCAUGAGUAACGCAACUCUCCUCAACUAAACUCUACCAUCGAGAAAUGGGAUUACCACUCAGAAUGGAAAACUUACAUGCGCCCACAGUUCAAUCAGGACCAACUUCAGGUCCUGCUGGUACAAAUGGUCUACAAACAAACGGCAUGACCUUUGCCCAACUUGAUGCGAAGAAGAAGAACAUCGAGGCAGAAAUGAGCGCCCUUGGAGGUGUUUUGCAGUCGGUAAGCUGCCGUUCGGACUCCCAAGUCCCAAAGCUAAUGAAGAGUAGCAUGGAGUUGAUAUGAAUACCAGUCUUCUCACUUCCGAUGGCUUCCCUCGUGCUGAUCUGGAUGUCGCACAAAGUAUGUCCUUCCACACAUAGCUCAGCAUUCAUUGCCAACUUUUCUACAGUACGAACAACUAGAUCCCGUAUCAUCCACCUCCGAAAUGACUACAAGACCAUCAUGGAUGUCAUCGAGAAGCAUAUACACGAACACUUUGCGAGGCAGAAGGAGUUGGGAACGGAGGAAUCCAUAAAUGGCACAAAUGGCACGAAUGACACAAACGGCCCAAGUGGAAUGGACCUGUCGCCCUCAACACCAGCUUCACAACCGUCCGGUCCAGCUUUUGCAAAAGUCAACAGCUUAGUCGAUAAUAGUCCUGCCGACAGUGCAGGCUUGAAGGCAGGAGACGUCAUUCGUAAUUUUGGAUACGUGAACAACACCAACCACGAUGGAUUGAAAAGGGUGGCCGAAUGUGUAGCAGGAAAUGAAGGGGUAAGAGGACCUCUCUCGAUUUCCCACGGGCGUGAGCUAAUAAAUGAAGCGGGAAAUCUUGGUCAAGGUAUCUCGAACGGCUGGUUCCCAACAACACGAACUAAAUUUGACUCUGGUUCCACGACGUGACUGGGGUGGACGUGGACUCCUAGGAUGUCAUAUCCUACCACUCUGAUAAGGUGCAAGUAUCGAUGACUCGUUCUACAACGAACCAUCGAAAUUCCCAAACUGAUAAUGGGGGAGUUGCGUUGGGUAGAUUCCGAUGUUCUUCAAAUGUGAUCGGAAUCUUCUUCUAAAAAGCCAGGUAUGUAUCGGCCGGAGUUUUCGUAGGAGUUUUUGCGGGUUGGCAUUUGGUCGAGGAAAAGUACAUCUGUUGAGCGGUCGAAAGUCGAGAGGGUCUCGAGAUGCCAGCUCUGUAAUUGAACCCCUCAUUCCGGGGGAGAGUUGAGUGGACCUGGCGGCACUGUACAAC